AUGGAAAGCGAGAUAAUAUCAAUAGAGUCCAUCAAACCCUCUUCCCCAACACCUCAUCACCUUAGAACCCACAAGAUCUCUCUGAUUGAUCAAUCUGGCGCUCCAGCGUUAGGUUCCGUUCUCUUUUUCUAUCCACAAAGCCAAACUACCUCCAUCUCCAUGUCCAAGAUAUCACAACUGCUCAAACAAUCUCUAUCAACCACACUCACUCUUUACUAUCCACUUGCCGGAAGAUUCAUCGACAAUAUCUCCAUUGAUUGUAACGAUGAGGGGCUUUGUUAUACGGUGGCUAGAGUUAAUUAUGAUUUGCAGGAUUUUCUCAACCAACCUGAUAUGACCAAAAUACUGUCAAAAGUCCCUAAACUCGUCCCAAGGGAAAUCAUUUUUGGUAAUCAAACAACAACAGGAGGUAACGUUGUUAUGAUUCAAGAAACUGUGUUUGCUUGUGGUGGUUUUGCUAUCGGCAUAGCUUUUCCACACCAGGUGUUUGAUGCAACUUCUUUAAUGGUGUUUCUCAAAACUUGGGCUACAAUGGCUCGAGGAGGAGUAGCGAAACCUCCUGAUUUCAGCUGCUCGUAUUUGUUUCCUCAAGAUACAAAAUUUCCACAAAAUCCGAUGGACUCGACUUAUGCAAGUGCAUUUGGUAGAGAAGGUAACUUUGUUUUCAGGAGGUUUUCAUUUGAAGGAUCAACUGUAAGCAAUCUUAAAUCCAAAGCAACAAGCAAUGGAGUUCAUAACCCGAGCCGAGUACAAGUUGUGCUUGCACUCCUUUUUAGAUGUGUCAUGUCUGCAUUGAAGGCGAAAUAUGGCAUCCAAAAUUCAGUUUUGAUGUCUACUUCAGUGAACUUGCGAUCGAGGGCUGUGCCACCAUUACCAGAAACAAGUGUGGGAAAUUUAGUUUUGACGGUCCCCGCUAUAUUUGGUGAGGAAACAGAUUUGUGUAGUUUCAUAGGGAGGGUGAGGGAAAGCAUAUCCACCACAAUCAAUGGUGAGUUUUUGAAGAGCCUACAAGGUGCUCAAGCAUUGCAGCGAUUUUUGGAGUUUAUGAAAGAGACUGGUGAAUCAUAUUCUAAGGCUUUGUCCAACGGGGCUGAAUUCUUAGUGUUUAAUAGCUGGUGUAACUUAGGGAUGUAUAGUUUUGAUUUUGGUUGGGGGAAACCGAUAUGGUUUCCAUGUCUUGCUCUACCGCUUAGUGGAUCAGUGAUUCAGCUCAUGGAUGAUAGAAUGGGUAAUGGAAUACAAGCAUGGAUGACUCUGGAAGAAGAAAUCAUGUCUGCAGUGGAGAGUGAUGAGGAACUCCUUUCAUUGGCCUCAGUUCAUCCAAAUAUUCCUCUAGAAAUUGAUUCAUUGUAG